AUGGACUGCUCUUCUGACUCUGAUAACUCUAACCAGCAUAUAUUCGACUUUACUUCUAGUUCAAAGACAGUGCAUAAUGUUUGCACCACUCCAAUUACCUCCAACACCUCUGCAGAGAAUCUCGAGUCGGCUAAGCAGUUGAUAGAUGAAAAUUAUAUUGCCGUUGUUGGUGGCCUAGGGUAUAUUGGAAGUCACACUUGUCUCGAGCUUUUGAAAUCUGGGCACAAUAUUCUGAUCAUUGAUAAUCUUUGCAAUUCUUUCGUGACAAAUUUUGAUAAAAUUUGUUUGCUAGCCAAAGAUUACCAUGAAUUGCGGGGACAAAGAGUCCCUAUAAUACAUUUUUGCGAGGCUGACUAUAGAGAUGAGACAAAAAUAAAACAACUCUUGGACAAAUAUAUGAUUUUUGAUACGGAUCUCAACAAAUAUACCAAGGCCAAAUCAAGAAUACUCGGCGUCAUUCACUUCGCCGCUCAUAAGUCUGUGUCGGAGAGCAUCGAAAAUCCAUUCAAGUAUUACGCAAACAAUGUUUCUGGCUUAAUCGAAUUUUGUGCUGUUUUAAAGAGCUUCAACAUUAAAACCUUCAUCUUUUCGUCAUCAGCUACAGUUUAUGGAGCCGUAGCAACAUCGGGAAUUUCUGUUCUCCGCGAAGAAUAUUGUGUGCACCAGGCUGAGACGUUUGUCGAUCACCAGGGUACCCUUCUCACACAUGAAUCAGGAUGUACUGGUCUCACAAAUCCGUACGGAAGAUCUAAGUGGAUGUGCGAAGCUAUUCUUUCGGAUAUCUCCCUCGCAGACCACGACUGGUCAAUCAUGGCCCUACGAUACUUCAAUCCGAUUGGCUGUGAUGAGUCUGGGCUCCUGGGAGAACACUCUCGGGGAGCUCCGUCGAACUUGAUGCCUGUCAUAAUGCAGGUCCUAUCUGGGGAGAAUCGUGUGCUCAAGAUUUUCGGUGCCGACUACCCCAACACUCCCGAUGGAACUGCAAUACGAGACUACAUUCAUGUUACCGAUCUAGCCCGAGGACAUAUAUCGGCCCUUGCAGCUGCUAGAAAAAAACAAGGAUUUAGAACGUACAACCUAGGAAGCGGUAUUGGCUAUUCAGUACGUGAUAUUAUCAAGGCUGUUGAAGAAGUUUCCUGUAAAAAAAUACCAGUUCAGAUUGCGCCCAGACGUAAAGGCGACGUUGAAAGAUGCGUAGCAUUACCGCAAAGAGCCGAGAAUGAAUUGAAAUGGAAAGCAGAAAUUUCAUUGAAAGAUGCGUGUCGAGACUCUAUCAAGUUUAUGAAACUUGAAGGGGAGAGAAAUCGCGCAACUACUUAG